ACAUAGACAGCAGUUGUCAUUAAAUACUCAUAAAUUAUUUAUUAGCCUUACCUAUUUGCACGUGGAAUAGUAGCGGUGAUUUUGUGCGUGGUUGUUUUGGUUUAAAAUAAUCCUAAUUAAAAUAAAUAAGAGAAUCAUCUGGAAAGUGAAUAUGCAAAGUAAAGAGCAGAUACAGAAUUUGGUGAAAGAACAGGCAGAUUUAGUUCGAAAAUUAAAGGCAGAAAAAGAAAUAAAAGAUAAAAUUGACCAAGAAGUGGCAAAACUUUUAAAAUUAAAGGCACAGUUAAAAGCAAUUGAAGAAGAUGAUGUUCCAAGUACAAAAAAUUUUGUUCUUAAAGCACCAAAAGGCACACGAGAUUUUACACCAGAACAAAUGGCUAUUAGAAAAUCAGUGUUUCAGAAAAUUAUAGCAGUAUUUGACAAACAUGGUGCUGAAACCAUUGACACUCCAAUAUUUGAAUUGAAAGAUGUCCUUACUGGUAAAUAUGGAGAAGAUUCAAAACUCAUCUAUGAUCUAAAAGACCAGGGGGGUGAAAUUCUUUCACUCAGAUAUGACCUAACAGUACCUUUUGCUCGCUACUUAGCUAUGAACAAAAUUUCCAAUAUUAAGCGUUACCACAUUGCUAAAGUUUAUCGUAGGGAUAAUCCCUCAAUCACUAGGGGCAGGUACAGAGAGUUUUAUCAGUGUGAUUUUGAUAUUGCUGGAGUUUAUGAUCCAAUGAUACCAGAUGCUGAGUGUGUUCGAGUAGUAUAUGAAAUACUAGACAGUUUACACAUUGGUAACUUUACUAUUAAAUUAAACCACAGGCAACUAUUGGACGGUAUGUUUGAAGCUUGUGGGGUUCCUACAGAAUGUUUCCGUGCAAUAUGUUCAGCAGUAGAUAAGUUGGAUAAGUCACCGUGGGAAGAAGUUCGAAAAGAAAUGAUAAACGAAAAAGGACUUUCGCCGGAAGUAGCUGAUAAAAUUGGAAAAUAUGUUCAACUAAAUGGUCGUGAGAAACUUAUCGGAGAAUUAUUAGCAGAUUCUAAUCUUACAAAGAGCAAAUCUGCAGUUGCAGGAUUAGAGGCAAUGAAACUAAUGUUGCACUAUUGUAAUUUAUUUGGUGUUAGCGACAAAGUUCUUUUCGACUUAAGUCUUGCAAGAGGACUUGAUUACUAUACAGGAAUAAUUUAUGAAGCAGUCCUACAAGAUUCAACGUCAGAAGGGAGUGUUGGUUCGGUAGCGGGUGGUGGUCGAUAUGACAAUCUGGUGGGCAUGUUCGACCCUAAAAAUAAACAGGUACCUUGUGUAGGUGUGUCUAUUGGUGUUGAAAGAAUAUUUGCAGUAAUAGAAGCCAAAGCUGCAGCGUCGAAAAUGAAAGUUAGAACUACGAAUGUCGAAGUUUUUGUAGCAUCUGCUCAAAAAAAUCUUUUAGAAGAAAGGAUGAAAUUGUGCACUGAACUUUGGAACAAAGGAGUGAAAGCGGAACAAUCAUAUAAAAAGAAUCCAAAACUAUUAGCUCAGCUGCAACACUGUGAAGAGUACCAAAUUCCUUUAGCAGUAAUUAUAGGUGAGUCAGAACUACAAAAAGGGGUGGUUAAGCUUCGUGAUGUAGUUUCAAGAAAUGAAGUUGAAAUACCAAGAGCAAAGUUAGGAGAAGAAAUCAGGAAAAAACUUCAAGAAAUUAACACGCCUAUGCUAAACGGUUAUGGAAGUAAAACGAACUAAAAACCUAAUAAACCAUUAUUUAUUAAUGUCAAAAGUAUUUUUUUAUGACCAGUUUUCUUCUGAUAAAAACUUAUCACGGGUUAAAUAUUUUUAUCUCACAAAAACUUUUUUCAAAAUGUAAGUCUUGAAUCUUAUUAUUAUGUAAAAUAGGACUUAUUUUUUAUUCACUCUUUCUUCUAGUCUUCAAUCCCUUCUAUUAUUUCACAUUUAACAAAAAAAAAACAUUUCUGGAGUUCCAAUAAAAAAUAUUUUGAGACGGUUGUAUGGGAUUCAAGAAAUUGUAGCUAAAUAAUAAUAGUAGCAAUAUACACAUACAUUAUUUAUGAAAUAUAUUUUUUAAUGGAAUACCAGUAAUUAAAAUUCUUUUAUUCCUUUCAGUUACACAGAAAACCUUUACGCUUUGUAUUUAUUAUUCUAUCUUUAUUUUAAACUCUGUUGCACAUUCUUGAAAUGAAUAAAUAUUUUCUUUAA